GUUCCUCCAGGGUGUGCGGUCCUGUCCGGUCUGGUGCUGGCUCUCCUGGGUCCACUUGGUCCUGUUCACGGCUGUCCCGGUGGCUGCACCUGCUACGGCAACACCACCGACUGCUCUUCCGUCGGCCUCCUCUCUCUGGCGCCCGUCGUGAAGCUGCUGGACCCGGAGUCUGUGAUCCUCCGCCUACCUGGGAACAACCUCUCCUCCCUGGGCACCGACGAGCUGUCCGGCCUCAGCGGCCUGGAGCUCCUGGAUCUGUCCCAGAACCAUUUGUCGGGCCUGCGGCCUGGAGCCUUCUCUGCCCUGGGCGGCCUGCGCUGGCUCAACCUCUCCGCCAACCUCCUCGGGGUGCGGCCCAACAGCAACAACACCAUCGCAGCGGCGCUCCAGGGUGACGGUCUCAGCAAGGACACUUUCAGGGGUCUGUGGCGGCUGCGUGGGCUGGACCUGUCCUCCAACGGCCUCCUGCGGCUGCCCCAGGGCCUGCUGGACGGCCUCCAGAGGCUGGCCUGGUUCUCCGUGGCCAGCAACCGGCUGGCGGCCCUGGACCGAGUCACCUUCGAGCCCCUGGUGGGGCUCCAGCAGCUCCGGCUGGCGGGAAACCCCUGGGAGUGCGACUGCCAGCUGAGAGACUUCAAGCACUGGAUGGAGUGGUUGAUUUACCGGGAUGGGCAGGUGGACGGCAUGCGGUGCGGCCUCCCGGUGGACCUGAGGGGCAGGGACAUCCGCAGCGUGCCGGCCGAGAUGUUCAGCCACUGCCUGCGCAGCCCGACCAGAGAGGGUCACGCCACCCGGCCCCCCUGCCCGCCGGGCCGCAUCAACAGCAACGACGACUGCGUCCGCCAGCGCUACCGGCCCGUCAGCGUGCGCCGGGCGCACGGCACGCAGAUCGUGGCCGGCGUGAUCUGCGGCACCGUGUGCGUCAUGAUGGUGGUGGCGGCCACCUACGGCUGCGUGUACGCCUCGCUGAUGGCGCGGUACCAGAGGGAGGUCAAGAACCGCGGCCAGCCGCUGAUGGCCGAGUGCGGCGCCGACACCGACCCGGAGGACGGGCAGACGUCGGCGCCGGCGUCGCCGGAGGAGCCGGCGCUCAAAGAGGGCGUCGUGCUCGGGUAUCGGAUCAGCAGCUUCUGAGGAGCCGGUGUGCCCUCGGCUGGUCGCCCCCCCUCCCCCCCUCCUCUCA